AUGAUGCAGAAAAAAGCAGGUAAGCGUUUCCUGUCUGCUCUGAUGAUGGUCGCAGCGCUUGUCGGCGCCGUCAGCGCGGGAGGUUUGUACGGAGGCUUCGGCCGAGGUUUCGGUGGAGGCUUUGGCGGAUUUGGUCGAGGCUUCGGAGGCUUCGGCCGAGGCUUCGGAGGUUAUGGUGGAAGCUUCGGCCGAGGCUUCGGAGGUUAUGGGGGAGGCUUCGGAUUAGGACGAGGAUUCGGCGGCGGAUUCGGGCGUGGAUAUGGCGGAUAUGGUAAUUAAUCACUUCGUUUCUAGUUGUAUGAAGAUUAUUGCUGGAGUAAUAAUCUUAGCCAGGUCAUUUU